AUUUCGUCCUAUCCUUUGGCCCCAAUUCACUCUCUCGUUUGCGCUUUUUAUUACCCCUUUUUCCUCUCUCUCUCUCUCUCUCUCUCUCUACCCCCCCUCGAUCUCGGCGAACUGAAAUCUUUGUCGCCGAUGACGAUGGGGUCCGGAGGAUCGAGUAUUGUGGUACCUCGGAACUUUAGACUGCUGGAGGAACUUGAACGUGGAGAGAAAGGUAUUGGAGAUGGCACGGUUAGCUAUGGAAUAGAUGAUGGAGAUGACAUUUACAUGCGUUCUUGGACGGGUACCAUAAUUGGUCCACAUAAUUCAGUGCAUGAAAAUCGUAUUUAUCAGUUGAAGCUCUUCUGUGAUAAAGAUUACCCUGACAAACCUCCAAGCGUUCGCUUCCACUCACGGAUCAAUAUAACAUGUGUUAACCAUGAAACUGGAGUGGUUGAGCCAAAGAAAUUUGGGAUUCUUGCAAAGUGGCAGCGAGGGUACACCAUGGAAGACAUACUGGUACAGUUAAAGAAGGAGAUGGCAGCACCACCCAACCGGAAGCUGGUUCAGCCCCCGGAAGGUUAGCCAAUCUCAACUUGGAUAAAAGUCUUCUCGAGUUACCUGGAAGAGAAGGCCCAGAACAAACACCUGACCUGGCUGCACAACCAGUUCAAACGCACCAAUUGUUGUUAUCAGGUUUAUUGAAGCUGGGUUCUGCAGGUUGAUUCAAGUUGCCAGCGGUUUCAUGUUGAAUUCUUGUGCCUUUGGCUGCUUACCCACCAAAUGCUUGAAUUGACUUGGUUGCUCGAAAUGGAGCCAGAAGAAGCUCAGUUUACAUUUCUGAUCUCCGUGAUGCCUGGAUGAAGAUCUAUGAUCAGCUUCAUCUAUACAUGCACAGAGGUUAAUUAAAUUUUUAAGUUGUUUGUCCUCCAUGCCAAGCUUCAGAGUUGCCUGAUCUUCUGGUGAACAGGCCCCUUUAUUAGUCGGCUAAUGGGAGGCAUUUUGCAUUAAGAGGUGAGGGACCUUCUGGGAGGCAUUUUGCAUUAAGAGGUGAGGGACCAUCGAAAUUUAUCAGUGGAUUUGACCUCACAAAUGGAUUGCAAUAUUAAUUAAGUGAUGGAUGGCUUGUGGAUCCAGCUUGCUUUUGUUGGUUUGCUCCAACCCAAGAGUCCUGUUAUUAAAAGGAAAAACAGGCAAUCAUAUAUGGGGCCAUAAUUUCUUAUCUUCAAUCAUCGAAGAGGACCAACACUCAAUAAGAAGCUUUACAGCUUGUGAUCGUGCUAUGACUGAAACUAGCAUCAUUUCCUCAAUCAUUGUGCAAUCAACACCACCAUUUCAGGUAUUUUUUGCAUGAGUUAUUGCACCAUCGGCCGAAGCUCUGCGAUCCGGCAGUUUUUAACCUGCUUGACACUGAUGAUAUAUGUGCAGAGAGAAGCAAUCCAAUUUUUAAUGCUACAAAGGAUUGGAUAAUCAUGGGUUUUUUGUAAAAAAAAAUGUAGAUGACAUGGAGCAAGAGCUGAGGGAUGAGUUAUUACUCGCCAGAAUUAGGGUACUUCAAUCAGCAUUCUUCUGAGUUUGUUACUAGAGGAAUAUGCUCAGAAGUUAAACCCAUAAUUUGGUCAGGUUGGUGCUUCCCUUAAAUCAUGUAGGGCAAUUGACCCUUCCCUCAUGUUUGGAGUCUCGAAUGACCAGGUUAUGGUGAGAUUGAGAGGUUGCAGCAUUAUAUCUUUCGCACCAAGGAACGAGAAUCCUUCCUUCGUGCAAAUCCACUGUUGGAUCACCCACUAUAUAGAUCUCAAAGUGCUCAGAAUUCUGUCAAUCAAUCAUGUUACUGCUCAAAUCUCAAAAUGACCGGUGGGUAAGGAUGGUGAAUCCUUUUAUCAUGCGAAAGAUACAACCCUGACUCGAUUGAGAGAUGGUGCUAAUUAAAGGACGGUUUGUUCUUGGAGGUUUUGAUUACAGAGAUGGGGUACUCAGAAUCCGGUCAGGCUUCGCCCCCCUCUUGCGGCUGUUGAAUCAAAAAUGAUGAGUUGACUGUUGCUGCAAGAGCUAUAAUGUUUGAUUGUACCGACAUUUUUACGUUGUGGGUGUGAGCAUCAGGGAGAAAUUCUGUCCCUGGACCUGAAAAUCAAGCUUGUCACCUCUUUGCUAGCCAACUUCUCCAAAGAGAGAUCAGCUAAAUAAUGAAGUCACGAAUCUAACGAGUGCAAUUAACAU